AUGUAUGACGAUGAUGAGGAAGAAUUAGAACUGUUACGACAGUAUGAAGAAGAAAACAUUGUGGGAGAUGGUCAAGACACAUACUCUAGUGAAGAGAUGGAUAGCGAUUUAGAAGAAAAGAUCUUGAGCGUGACCCAUUAUGAUGUGGGUGUAGACAAGAAAAAGAAAAAGACUGAAUCUACAGCAACUGAACGAUCAACACCAACAGCACCCGUAUCAGCACCUGAUGCUAGAGGUAGAGUAUUGCCCAGUAAAUCAGCGCGUCGCACUGUGAGCACAGUCCAUGCACCUAUAGAUCUUGAUCGAAAGAGGGCUGACUUCUCUGCUGCCAGUGAGCUUAAACUUAAUUCUUCAGAUGAGGAAGGAGAGUACAGAUCAGAAGAGGAAAAAGAAAAGGAGAUGGCUGAUGUAGCUGUCUCAGACUCGUCUUCUGAAGAAGAAGAAAUAAGGGAAGCACCUCCUCCAGUGACAAGACAUAUCAAUUUGGAUGAUAAGCAGUACAUGGACGAUGUGGAGACCUCUGAGGAAGAGCGUGAACUUGGUGCUGAGCUUCGUGUGCUAAUUGAUGAUUCCAUACAGGCACGUGGUGGCCAAAGUAGAUUGGGUCGUCCUCCUAAUGCACGAGUGAUUAUCUGUUAUAGAUGCAAACAACCUGGACAUCAGCAACAGUACUGUUUGAUGUGUACAGAGUGUGGUUUGAAGCAUAGAGGCCCAUGUAUGUGGCCAAGGUAUUGUAAACUAUGCAAAAUGGACGAUCACUAUAAGGAGGACUGUAGAGGAAAGAGAGAAACACGCGACUGUGAAAUAUGUGGCGAUAAAUACCAUAAUACAGAGAUUUGUACUAAGAUGCUACAUAUUUAUGAUGGUGAAAAGCCUGCAAGUAAAAAUAUGACCAUAUUUUGCUACAAUUGUGGUGACUAUGAUCACUUUGGUGAUCAAUGCCGCAGAUAUGCUUAUAAUUCGAUUAUACCGUCUGUAUUUAGUGAACAAAGUAUAAACUACAGCGAGCUCAACAAGAAUAGAAAGAAAUCAAAUAAACGAAAACGAAGAGAGCAUUAUUACUUUGAGAGUGAUGAUGAUGAUGUUUCUAGGAAAAAGUCAAAGGGUUCAAGAGAUUAUCGACACGCAAGCAGUAGUAACAACAACAAUAAUAAUAACAGCAAUAGUAGUAGUCAUCGCAUGUAUAACAAAGGAAGCCCUAGCAGUUCCAGUACCACCUCUUCUGUCUAUAGUCGAGACGAAGGUAAAAAGCGAAAGAAAGGAAAGAAAGUAUUGGAUGAUUUCUUUGGAAAGCAGAAAGGAAACAGGUCUCAUGGGUCAAAUCAAGCCAUUACUGGAAAUAGUAAUUGGAAAGCCAUCAACAAUUACAUGAAUUCGCUUCCUCAGCCAUCAAGGUCAGGCACUGUUCAACUAAAUAAGAAUAAGAACAAUAGAGAGAGAGCGGACCUUCCAAAACCUAGUAAAAGUGGAGUCAUUGACUUUUAA